AUGUAUGUUUAUAAUUUUAUCGAAGUCAUUAUUUUAAUUAAUAUUAAUGGACGAACGAGCAUCCUCUAGAAGGUAAAACUAAAUUAAUAAUCAUAGCUUUUCAUCGGCAUCAUCAUCGGUCUCAAAUCUAAGUAAAGACCGAAGUAGAAGUAAUUCAAAAAAAAGAAAUUUUAGAAAUAAAAAGAAGUAGACGAAACGAAUUAAACACACUGUAGAAUUUCCUCCACUUGAUUAAUAAUUGCUUACUUUUGAUUAAUUUUAAGAAUUAUAUGUAUGAAUUACAUAUUAUUGUAAAUUUAGGUAAGCAAUGAUAUUCCGACUGAGAAAUUGCGCCUUCUUUAUUAGACCUAUGAAAGGAAAUGGGAAAAUAAAUAGAAAGAGUUAUUCUUUGAUUAACAUAAGGAUGAACCUUGGAUCUAAGAUAAAUACAAUCCUGUUAAUAGAAGAGAGUUCUAAGAAGAACGUAAUUAAUUAGCAUAAAAUCGCUUCAAUGAAUUUUUGAAGCAAUAUAAUAUGGGAAGUUUCAAUAACAUCAAUUUAACAUUGACAGAAAUGUAAUUAAUGGACCUCUUUGAAUUAAAUGAUCACUUCUAUAAUGAUGAUCCAGAUGUACCAUUUUGGGAAUUUUAACUCAAAGGUAAGUUAAACUUAAUUAAAAUUUAGAAUCUAUUGACAUAACUAAAGCUCCUUUUUUUGGCACAGAUCCUAAUCAAAAUAGUGUAUUUCUUAAGAAUGUGCCUUUGCCUCUUUCUCGAGCAGAUGUGGUAAAGGCAUUAUCUUAAAUGGCUGGUUAUGUUAGUUUAACAUUAUCAGAACCUAAUAAAUUAUAAAAUUAUACUAGAAUUGGAUGGGUGAGCUUUGAUGGUGAAGAAUAUUGUAAUCGUUGUGUAAAUGAUGAAAGUAUUACAAUAAAAGGACAUUCACUUCAAUUUUAAAAAUAAUAAGAGAAAAGGUAUUGUCUCAUUUUUAUCAUUUUCAAUUAGGAAAUUUAUUAGAGUCUUUAAAUCAGUUGAAUAUAAUAAGUUAUUGAAAGAUUUACAAUAAUAAAGAGAACUUAUCAAAGUCUUAGAUAAAGAAAAAGGUAUAAGUGGUAAUCCUCUUAUUGAGGGACCACUUAAAGAUAGAGAUGAUCCAACAUUCAAUAGACAAUUAGAUAUUCAAACCUUAUAUUUGAGAAGAAUACACAAUUAUUGUUAUUGGAGUGGAGCUGAAUUUUCUGACUAUAGAUUACUUGUCUCUAAAGUAGGCUAUGUAAGUGGACUCAUUAAUAAAAUUAGCAUUUCUUCAGAUUAGACUAAAAAAAGAAGUGCAAUUUAGAGUGGUAAGACAUUAUUCAAGCUCUAUGUAAUCGUCGUAGAGAAGAGAGUAGUGAUGAAUUACCAUUAAAUGAAUUGAUUGACAAUGAAAUUAUACAAAUGGGAUUGAAACAAAUAAAAACUAGAUAGAAAGAUGCUUAUCCUUGUAUAUUCUGUGAAAAAUAAUUCUAAGGAGGAACUUUCUUAAUUAAACAUAUUUCUCUUAAACAUGAGAAAUAAUAUUGGGAACAUUAACAAUCCUUAAAAUAAUAAGUUAUUGAUCAAUAAAUGGCUAAUAAUCAUAAAAUUGAGAGAAUUAGUAAAGCCACUAUAUAGAGACAGAUCUUUCUCAAAGGAGUUAUAGAAGAAACAUAAUUAUAAGAAAAUAAGUAUAUAUAUUUCAUAUAAAUUCUUAGAGUCUAAUUGCCAAUCAACUUUGCUCCUAGAGUAUAAUAGAGAUAAUACAAAGAUCUUGAUUCUAUUGCUUAAGAUAAAACCUAACCAGCUAUCAUGUUUUAAAUGCGUGAAACAAAAGUGAAUUAUAAUGAUAUAUGAA